GCAAGGUGUAUCUAUAGUUUACAAUAUUUCACACACAAUGAAUCUGCCAAGCAGAGCUGACAGAAAAAAACACUUCCUAAAAGCUUGACACCUACUCUUCAAACUAUUCUCCAACUUGAUAAUGAACCAAAAUGAUUUCUUCUCCAGGAACUUUCAAACAGCAUGGUUUGUUCUCUUCGGGCAAUCUCUCUAACAUUCCAAAGAAAGAAGCCAACCCACAUUUAGAAGAAGCUGGUGACCAGAAAUACUAAAAAGUUCUUGCAUGCUUACAAAUUUUCAACUUCUCAGCCCUUCUUGGUUGGGUCAGGCUGGUGAGCACAAAUAAAAAGUAGCUGCUGAACACAAAAUCUAGAGGAAGUCUUGCACCAAAUAUCUUGGAAUCAAUUCCAAGAAAUAGAAUAGAAGAGAGAAGAACAUUUCGCAAUGAGUGGAUUGCAGUGUCUGAUUAUCGGGAUGCAGAAGAAGCAAGCCAUCUAUUUAACAUGUUUAGUAGGCUGCCACAAGCUUCAUUUCUUGAGGAAGGCAAAGCCAUGUUCCAACUAGACAUAAGGGACCACUUAGCUACUCAACCAGGAAGACAUUUGAUCAGAAUCACAUGGCUUUGUUUCUCAUUCAAGUAAAUGAGUUGAGCUGUUUUCUGGGCAAAUACCAUUAAUCUUCUUCAAUGGCAUAAAUGGUUUAGCUGUCCACGUCUAUUCAAAUUCAUGCUCAGAGGGGAAUAAUGUUCAGAGGCAGUAGAAACUAUUGAUAAUUUCCUAAAGAACGUGUCAUACCAAACUACCACUCCUUUUGCUGACCUACCAAGCUGGCAGUAGACAUUAUUGGAAAACAAAACAUGUGCUAAUGACAGUGGUUGAGCUAUAGCAAGUUCAUAUCACUUAUUCUGCUUUCUAAAGGAUUGUAUAUCUAUAUAAACACAUCCCAGUUGGUAUUCACCACCACAAAAACUCAAAGACUUUCUUCACAGUUCACACAAAACAUUACUACAGCAUUCAAAAGCUAUUUAAUACUUCCUCCACAUCAGAAAGAAAUAUGGCAAUCGGUAUGGGGCGCAUUCUCCGUGGGAAGCAAGGAGGCCUCAGAAGGUCUUCCUCAAGAACAAACAGAGAAAAUGAGGUUCCUAAGGGUCACUUUGCAGUUUAUGUAGGUGAGGGCGAGAAGAAACGCUUUGUCCUUCCAAUAACAUACUUGAAGGACCAUUCAUUCCAAGACUUACUAUGUCAAGCUGAAGAAGAAUUUGGAUUUGAUCAUCCAAUGGGUGGGCUUACAAUUCCUUGUACAGAGGAUACCUUCCUCGACAUCAUCUCUAGCAUGAGUAGUAGAUCCUGAUACACUUCACAUAUCUUAGUUCCUAGGCAUCAAAACAAUUUUGUAGAGAAGCUUAUUCUUGUACAAUGUUCUAAUUUUUUCCUUCCUCGUCAGAUUGGGAAGUAUAUAAAACUAAUUUCUUUCAUCAACUAUUCUGAGUCUGUUUAACCCGUGUUACUCAUUAUCCCGAAUGAUUAAAGUGAUAGACUGAUA